AUGGCAGAUGUCGAAGAUACCACUGUUGCUCCAACAGAACCUCAAUCCCGAAAUAUUGUUUACUGCGGAGUUUGUUCGUUACCACCUGAGUAUUGUGAAUAUGGCGGUACCGUGAAGAAAUGUCAGGAAUGGCUCGAGAAGAAACACUCAAAUAUGUAUGAGAGGUUAUGGUCUGACGACGCCCUCGCAGCCGCAACCUCCACCCUCAGCGUCGACGCCCAAAAGCGCGCCGCCAAAGACGCCACUAAAAAAGCCGCCAAAGCCGAAGCGCAAGAGGCCAAACACAACGAAACGCUCGCGAGCUCCAAGAUCCGCAUCAAGCGCGUGGAGCGCAACAAGCGGAAAUACGUAACUGAAGUACAAGGGCUCGAGGCAUUUGGACUGGAGUUGAAGAAGGUGUCUAAGGAAUUUGGAUCUAAGUUUGCGACGGGGAGUAGCGUGACGAAGGUGGCGAGUGGGGGGUUCGAAAUUACGGUGCAGGGUGAUGUGAGUGAGGAUGUGAGGGAGUUUUUGUGUAGGAAUUAUAGGGAGAUUCCUAGGAAGAAUAUUGUGUUGGAGGAGCCGAAGAAGAAGAAGGCGGAGCCGGUGGAUGUUUAG